CGGUUCCUGUCCAGGGGCGCUGAUCUUACGACGUUUGAGGCCAAAAAUAAGCACCGGCGAGGAGAAGUAUACUUUGAUACUGCUACUUCACUGGGAAAGAGGGGAGAAAAUUCAGAAGCCGAAAACCGUAAUUAUGGCGUCAUCGUCGAGCAGUGGAUUGACAUUCAAGCUACAUCCCUUGGUGAUAGUUAACAUAUCGGAUCAUUAUACUCGGGUUAAGUCACAGAUGAACCCGCCCAUUGCAUCCCAUCAGAGAAGCACCGCCUCUGCUAACAGUAAUGCUGCGGACGGAAUGGUUUCCUUGCCUCCUAGGGUAUACGGAUGCGUGAUAGGAGUACAGAGAGGACGUACCGUGGAGAUCUUCAAUAGCUUCGAACUUCUUUAUGACCCUAUUACCCAUUCCCUCGAUCGUUCUUUUCUUGAGAAGAAGCUAGAACUCUACAAGAAGGUUUUCCCCCACUUCUACAUACUAGGAUGGUAUUCAACGGGGAGCGAUGCCCAGGAAUCAGAUAUGCAUAUUCACAAAGCUUUGAUGGAUAUUAAUGAAAGUCCAGUGUAUGUACUUCUGAAUCCUUCAAUCAACCAUGCUCAGAAGGAUCUUCCUGUCAGUAUUUUUGAAAGUGAACUGCAUGUAAUAGAUGGGAUUCCACAACUGAUCUUUGUUCGCUCAAGCUACACUAUUGAGACUGUUGAAGCAGAACGGAUUUCAGUUGAUCAUGUUGCGCAUCUUAAGCCCUCAGACGGCGGUUCAGCUGCUACACAAUUGGCAGCUCACCUUACUGGUAUACACAGUGCUAUUAAAAUGCUGCAUAGCAGAAUUAAGGUGCUGCACCAUUAUCUGCUUGCAAUGCAGAAAGGUGAAGUCCCUUGUGACAAUUCUCUGCUAAGACAAGUAUCGAGUCUCCUGAGAAGAUUGCCAGCUAUUGAAUCUGGGAAAUUCCAAGAUGAUUUCUUGAUGGAAUACAAUGAUACCUUGUUAAUUACGUACCUUGCCAUGAUGACUAACUGCUCAAGUGCAAUGAAUGAGCUGGUCGACAAAUUCAAUACUGCAUACGACAGGCAUAGCAGAAGAGGCGGGCGAACUGCUUUUAUAUGAAAGCCGCGUGAUCGUUCAUAUUUGGUUGUCUUGCCAAAAUGACAGCCUUGAAGGUUGAAGCACUUUUCCUCUCCUUUUUUAAUUAAAUUUUUAUUUUUUGAUAUUGGAAGCACAUUUGAUCUCUGUAGAUAUUAAAUUAACUUGUUCCUGUGUUGCUUCGGUAUUUUGUUGUAGGAUUGCUGGGACCUAUUUAAGGAUAUCAAAAUCACCAUGUUACUUGCCUAAAAAAAUAUAGGACUUAUUUUGGCAUUAUUAUUACGAGUUCUUAAGCAAA